AAGUGGAGGGUGGAGCCGUGGAGAGGAAGGAGGAGCUGCUCAGAAAGUGUGUCAUCUCACUAGUUCCUGGAGUCUUCAGAUGACUUUUCAGCGUCUCUGAGAAGAUAAAACCCUGACUGUCAGACAGAGUCACCUUCUCACUCCUUCAACAUGGUCUGGCCGGUGCUGGUGUGUGUGACGCUGACGCUGAUGUUUAACCCUUACAGAGCUCAGGACUGUGAGGAGAUGACGGACCUGAAUCUGAAGGACUCUCUGACCGGGACAUCUCUGAGCGUCCGGUUGCUGCUGUACACACGCUCUAACGCGUCCUGCGGUCAGCUGCUGUCCCACCAGGAGCCCUUCUCCAACCCGCUCUUCAACCUCAGCUCCCCGAGCACCUUCCUGAUCCACGGCUACCGGCCCACCGGCUCUCCUCCCGUCUGGCUCGCCCGGUUCGUGCAGACCCUCCUGCAGCGGCGGGACAUGAACGUCAUCGUGGUGGACUGGAACCGAGGAGCCACCAACAUCAACUACUGGAAGGUGGUGGAGAACACCCGCAGGGUGGCCAAAAACCUGAGCCAGCUCAUCCAGAAGAUGAAGGAGGAAGGGGCUGAUCUCGGCUCCAUACACAUGAUCGGUGUCAGUUUAGGGGCCCACAUCUCUGGUUUCACCGGGGCCAGUUUUAAUGGACACAUCGGCAGAAUAACAGCGCUGGACCCGGCGGGCCCCGAGUUCAACGGCCGGCCCCCCAGCGAGCGCCUCGACCCGACCGAUGCCCAGUUCGUGGAGGUGCUGCACACAGACAUGGACGCGCUGGGUUACCGUGAUCUUCUGGGUCACAUCGACUAUUACGCCAACGGUGGAGCGGAUCAGCCUGGUUGCCCCAGAACCAUCUUUUCAGGCUCGGAGUACUUUAAGUGUGACCAUCAGAGGUCCGUGUUCCUGUACAUGAGCUCCGUGAGCGGCUCGUGUCCCAUCACGGCGUACCCCUGCGAGUCCUACGCGCUCUUCCUGGACGGGAAGUGCAUGAACUGCAGCAGCUUCGCUCCGGACGGAUGCCCUGUCUUCGGUUAUGAUUCUGUGCGCUGGAGAGAGCGGCUGGUUCGGCUCGGACAGACCAGGACGUAUUUCCAAACUAAUAAAGCCUCUCCUUUCUGCAAGUUCGGCUAUAAGGUUGACAUUGUCACAUGGAACCAGAAAAAACACUGGGGAUAUUUAACGAUUACAUUAAGCAGCGGACUGGAAGAGGCCCGGGUUGAACUGAACCAUAAGUCGCUGAUGUUCGAGAGGUUCGUGGAGAGCAGCGUUCUGGCUCAGUUUGAGCGAGACGUCCAGCCCGUGAAAGAGAUCACGCUCCGGUUCUGCUCGGGGAAAGGGAUCCAGCCUCGAAAGAAACUGCGUCUCCUGAGCAUCCGCCUCACUCCUCUACAGAAACAGCUCAGACCUCUGUGUCGCUACGAUCUUCUGCUGGAGGAAAAUAAAGACGUGACGUUCAGACCGGUUCCCUGUGAAGACUCCAACUUCUGAGAAGACGCCGCUGACCUUCGGAUGACCUUCGGAUGACCUUCAGAUGACCUUCAGAUGACCUUCCUCUCGGGGGGAAGGGUCCCUUCAGAAAUGUGAUUCACAGUUUGUGGUUUGAUUUUCUUCUUCAUGAAGGCACAGCUAUGUUUAACUUGUUUGUGUAGUGUAAAUAAAUAUUUUUCUAAAUAUG